AUGAAAGAACGGCAACACUAUUCCGAUUUCAAUUAUCCGGAAUUUGAAGUGUGGCGUGGACCAGCUGAAAAAGUUUUCUAUGCACCAUAUAAUUAUACAUUGAAUUACAAUUUGGAAAUGAAGUACUGGAAUCCCGUAGCAGUACAACUGUUCUUUUCCAAGCAUUGGGGCACUUCAAUAUAUAUAGCUAUUAUUUAUGUAUGUUUAAUUCAUGCUUUACAACGUUAUCAACGAACUCGGAAAGCUUGGAAUCUUCGAUUGCCAUUAUGCAUAUGGAAUGCAAUCCUUUCUGUAUUCAGUCUUAUUGCAACAAUCAGAUUUGGGGAAGAAUUUUACAGUACUCUAACCACACGUCCAUUUGUGCAUUCAGUUUGCUAUUCAAUUUCACCUUUUCAACCAGCCGCUGUAUGGGCUUUCGCAUUUGCGACAUCGAAAGUUGUUGAACUUGGUGAUACGAUUUUUUUGUUGAUGCGUAAGAAGCCAUUAAUAUUUUUGCACUGGUAUCAUCAUGCUGUAGUUCUUAUCUAUAGUUGGAAUGCAGCAAUCGAAUUAACAGCUUCUGGUCGUUGGUUCAUAAUGAUGAAUUUCUUUGUACAUUCUAUAAUGUAUGCAUACUAUUCCAUCACAGCAUUAGGUAUUCGACUACCGAAAUUACUUUCAAUGUUUGUUACUGUGCUACAAACAUCACAAAUGCUUGUUGGUGUUCUCAUUUCCAUAGUGGUACUAAAACAGAAGCUCAAAAAUGCUAUUUGCCAGCAGUCGAUGGAUAAUUUGGCACUUGGUUUUGCGAUUUAUUCUUCAUUUGCUGUACUUUUCAUACGAUACUUUUAUGAUGCAUAUAUGAAACCCAAGAAAUUUUUACAGAAGAAAAUCGAAUAG